CACAGAGGUUUGGACGCCGAGCUUUGGUUGGUGUUGUAGGAGCAAAGGAGUCAGCAACCCUUUUCGGCGAGAACUUCUCGAUCGUGAACUACCUUGGCAGGCGGCGGUGGAAGGCGGGCGGUGUGUUGCCAUUGCUGGAGAGGAGAGAGGAGAGACAGCGCCACCUUACCUUUCUAGCCAUGUCCGCUUGUGUCUAUCGGGGCACGAUGGUGCACUCAGUAGCCAUUGGGAAGAUGCUGACGGACGCGGCGAUCGUGGUGGACGAGGACGGUGUGAUCAGCGCCGUGCACGACAUGAACGACGACGGCGCAGAGGAGACCAUGGCCGACCUCAUGGCGCAAGGGGUGGAACUGGCGGACUUUCGAGGGAAGCUCAUCAUGCCGGGGUUCAUUGACGGGCACGCCCAUGCGCCUCAGUAUGUGUAUCGGGGGACUGGGAUGGACCUACCGCUGCUGCAAUGGCUGGAGACGCACACAUUUCCGGUGGAGGCUAGGUUUGCAGACCCAUCGUUCGCAAGAAAGGCGUACCAGAAAUGUGUGCGGCGACACUUGACAUGCGGCACAACCACGUGCUCGUACUUCGCCAGCUUACACCUGGAGGGCACCAAGGUGCUCGUAGACGUCAUCAGGGGACUAGGCCAGAGAGCCUACGUGGGAAAGGUUAGCAUGGACCGAAACUCGCCGGACUACCUCCGGGAGACCACCGAAGGCGCCAUGCGAGACGCAGAAGAGUUUGUCAAGUUCGGCUCGGAAGAGCUGGACGACCCGCUCAUCACGCCCGUCGUAACGCCGCGUUUCGUGCCCAACUGCACACCGGAGCUCAUGGCUCAUCUAGGCGAGGUGUCGCGAAAGUAUGGCGUGCCGGUGCAGUCGCACUUGUCCGAGUCGCUAGCCGAGAUCGCGUGGGUGAAGGAGCUGCACCCAGAGAUCGAAACCUACACGGGCGUGUACAAGCGCUACGGACUCAUGCACGAGCGAUCGUACUUUGCACACUGCAUCCACUGCUCGGGGGAGGAGCGCGUGAUGAUGCGCGACACCAAGGCCGCAGUGAUACACUGUCCGUCGUCGAACUUCAAUCUCAUGAGCGGCGUCGCCAACGUUAGGAGGUACCUGCAUGGAGGCGUCAAGGUGGGUCUGGGGACGGAUGUGGCGGGAGGUUACAGCGCUUCCAUGCUGGACUGCAUCCGCCAGACUAUGAUCGCAACAAACAUUUGCGGGAUGAAACCAGAUGAAGAUGGUGUCACAUGGAAGCCUUUGAGCUACCAGGAGGCGUUCCACCUUGCUACCUUGGGCGGGGCAGAGGCGCUGGGUCUGCAGAAGGUGGUUGGAAACUUCGUUGCCGGAAAACAGUUCGACGCUCUGGUGGUGAACCCUUCUCCGGGGGAGGAUACAGACGCAGACGGCGGCAUCGGAGGAGGGACAGUCCCGAACACCGCUGUCGACGGGCCGUUCGACUUGUUCCCCGAGCUGGGCCAGGGACUGCAGACCGCCUUCGAGAAGUUCAUUUUCAUGGGGGACGACAGGAACAUCGAGCGGGUGUACGUCGCCGGAAACAGAGUAGUUUAGACUUCCUCGUCGUUGGCAAGGCGGUUUUGCCCGGACUGGAGGCUCUACUGCUUCCACCACUGCGCCGUGUAGCCUUGUUCGCAACGUCUCGGGCUCUAACCUGGACCAACACCGCCUUGGUAUGUCAACAUCCAUAGUCUCCGGUACUGGGCUCAACACCGGACGUAUUGCUUGGCCUGCUGAGCAUAGACAGGGUGACCUAGUUCUUAUGCGAUGUUCAUUGGGCGUCGACACGUUCGGUCUUCGCGGCACGUGUGACAGGCUGCUGGGGCACGAUCGCGUGUGUGUGCUGUGUGCUAACGGAACAGUGGGUACUGCCGCUGUCGGCGUUGCCUUUGAAGGUCGUCGUGUUUGGCCCCCGCAGGCGGGAGGUCGGGCAUGACAUAGAUCGGGGGCGUGUGAAGGCACUAGGCUUUAAAAUGCAAGCCAGCCCGGAACGCUUGCACCAAUCACAAAAGCUCCUUUUCCUCAGUCUGUUGAAGCGACACUCAGAACCUUUUCCGCCGCUCUUUCGUCGGCAUUUAUUUGUGCUGUUUUUGUUAGUGUUGGAGGUCUGUGUUGAUAACUGGGCAGCAGCAGCUGCCUGGCAGGCCUCACGGAUUCACCAACGUAUUGAUAUUAAUAUUUUGGUGUUAUGCAUGCGAACAUUUUGUUGCUGUUCCGCUGGACGAGUUAUGCGUAAUCGGGUAUCCGUUAGUGAAGAAAAACGUUUUCUCGCUCCCUGCUUGACUACUGUACAAGCAUGACCACCGAUGCAUUCGAUGGUAGGGUUUGGACGAAGUUAUGCUACUGCUUCAGGCGCGCAUGGAUUUUUCAUUUUUCAGGAGGCUUAGUCAAGAUGUUUAUUACGCGCCAAUGUUGUUCCUCCGAAGAUUUUGUCAAAUCGCAAGCUUGUCCACCCAUGCCGAAAUGCGAGCCUGUUUCCACCAUUGCUGCAGCAGUGAAGCGCGCAUGAGGUUGCACUGGGGGAGCGGUCCAUUUGCCCUGAGAUGAAGUCGGGAGCGGGGGAGGUAAAUUUGUUCGUUUUUCUCCACUCCGCGAGGCCGCUACGGCAUGUAAAAAGUAUUCGGGUUCGGGGGGGAACAUUUUAGGUAGUCCUUUUGAUUGCAGUUAUGUGCUUGUUUCAUGUGCCUGUUGAUGGCGCGGCUAUUUUCGUUCCGUCUGUGUGUGUGCGCGACAAACGUCCGUUUGCGCAUGGAAUUGGUAGGUGGCGCUGGUAGGUCUAUUUAUGGUCAUCAUAUGGGCGAAUUGGCCCAUCUACUGCGACCUACAUGUGUUUGGGAGUGUUUUCUGGCCUUACGGGCCGCAGGAUGACGUGUCAAUAGCAUCAUGCCGAGCAAGGACUUGAUACGGUAGACUCCCGACAACGAGCGAAAAUCCCAUUUGUCCACGUGAAGAAUGAUUGGACGGCGUUGAGUGUUGGAGCUCUUCGAUAAGUGAACUUCGAUAGUCAGGGGAGCCACCAGCGGCACCUUCUCUUCGGGUGAACGUUCUACCAGUACCCGCAGAGCGUUUCGCCCUAUAACAACGGUGAGGUACGGAGGUACAAGCGUAUUGUUGCGUCUUUACCUCG